GUGGAGAGAGAGGAUGAAGGCUGUUGUCCCUGCCGUAGCCCUAGCACUAUGUGCUGCAGGUUUUUUCACUCUGGUGCUCUACUCAAGAAAUUCCGUCUCUGAAGAUCUUCAGCACAAAGCUUUUUCCCGCAAAGCAAGGAUGGUCUGUGACGCCAAGUAUUCAAGUAUCCGAGACGACCAUACCAUGUGUUUGAUGGACGUUGCCGGAAGUUCGGAAGUAACCCUCUCACCACAGGACAUACAAGCCAUCGUCGACAGACACAACAGCCACAGACAGGAGGAGACAACUGCGGCCGCCAUGCCUAUGGUGUCGUGGGACGAGGAAGUGGCACUUAUUGCUGCUAAAUGGGCCCGCCAAUGUACGCAAGGACACGAGUCCGAAGGCACAAAGAGAGCCGCCAGUGCCCUCCCUGGCGUGGCUAUUGGGCAGAACGUGGCCUGGGGGUACAGCAACUUUCUCAGUGCCAUCACAGAUGGGUGGCAGGGAGAAAAAGCCUGGUUUCAAUUCGGAACAGGCUCUACCACUGGUCAAGCUGUGGGACACCACACACAGAUCAUAAACGACGAUGUGAUUCGCAUUGGAUGCGGCCAGGCCUUGUGCAGCGACGGCAACUACUACGUCUGUAACUACGUCAGAGGGCAAUUCGGCGACGAGAUAAACAAGCCGUACUGUUCCCUCACCGACUCGGCAACCACCUGCACCUCAUGUACAGACAGAGACGCAAAUACCGGACUCUGUACCUGCGACAGAGUCUGUUUGAACUCAGGAGAGCUUGAUAUAGCGACCUGUACGUGCACCUGCCCCAAUGGCGGCUACUUCUCGGGACCAACGUGCGAGACACUGGCAUGUCCUGCUACCGACUCCAGCUUCUGCAACAGCAACCCGGUCGACUACUGUACCCAGUUCUCCAACUGGCCCUACCUGUGUCCCGUGUUGUGCAAUGUCUGUCCGAGAACUUGCGGUCUCACGUGUCAGAACGGAGGAACCCAAAACACAAUCCCAUGCCUGUGUAACUGUCCCCCAGAGUUCACAGGGUCGCAGUGCGAGACCCCAGUGUCCACAUCCUGCACGCUCACGUGUGCCAAUGGCGGAGUACUGGAUUCGGCAGCCUGCACGUGCUCAUGCCCAGCCGGAUACGGUGGCGCCGACUGCAGUGAUUGUGUCAGAACGUGCAACAACCUCGGCAUGCUGGUGCAGGCGUCUUGCACGUGCAGUUGCCCUGCCCCGUGGACCGGGGACUCCUGUGAUACUUGCAGCCAGACAUGCGAGAACGGAGGAGUUGUGACGUCACAGUGUACCUGCAGCUGUCCAGCUGGAUUCAGUGGCGACCAAUGUCAAACACCUACAUCGACGUGCUCCCUGACAUGUUCUAACUCCGGCGUCCUGGACUCCACAUCCUGUUCCUGUUCCUGUCCUGCCCCCUGGACGGGAACAUCUUGCCAGACGUGCAGUCGAACCUGUUCAAAUGGAGGUGUGCUGAAUCCCACAACCUGCGAGUGCCAGUGCCCCUCCCAGUGGACGGGCGAUACAUGCCAAACAUGCACCUGGUUCUGUCUCAAUAGCGGCCAACUCUCAACAAGCACCUGCACCUGCGCGUGUCCAGGAGGCUGGACCGGGGACAUCUGCGAAACGUGUCAGCGGACCUGCUCUAACGGCGGCAUUCUCAGUCCAACCACCUGCACGUGUGCAUGUUCGUUACCCUGGGGUGGAGACACCUGUGAGACGUGCACCGGUUCCUGUUCUAACGGUGGAGUCCUGAACCCGACCACGUGUACCUGCUCCUGCCCCGCCCCCUGGUCUGGAACAACAUGUCUGACAUGUAGCGGGUCUUGCUCUAACGGUGGUCAGUUGAACCCCACAACCUGCCAGUGUUCCUGCGUCGCCCCCUGGACUGGAUCAACAUGCGAAACCUGCAGUCGAACCUGUUCUAAUGGCGGUGUCCUGUCUGCGGCCACCUGCACGUGCUCAUGUCCUUCACCUUGGUCCGGAGACACAUGCCAGACGUGCACCGGUUCCUGUUCCAACGGAGGAGUGCUGAACCCCACCACGUGUACCUGCGCCUGCCCCGCCCCCUGGUCUGGACCAACAUGUCAAACAUGUGGCGGGUCUUGCGCUAACGGUGGUCAGUUAAACCCCACAACCUGCCAGUGUUCCUGUGCCGCUCCCUGGACUGGAUCAACAUGCCAAACCUGUAGUCGAACCUGUUCUAAUGGCGGUGUCCUGUCUGCGGCCACCUGCACGUGCUCAUGUCCUUCACCUUGGUCCGGAGACACAUGCCAGACAUGCAGCGGUUCCUGUUCCAACGGAGGAGUCCUGAACCCGACCACGUGUACCUGCACCUGCCCCGCCCCCUGGUCCGGCGCAACAUGUCAAACAUGUGGAGUGUCUUGCUCUAACGGUGGUCAGUUGAACCCCACAACCUGUCAGUGUUCCUGUGUCGCCCCCUGGACUGGAUCAACAUGCCAGACAUGCACCCGAUCCUGUUCCAACGGAGGACUCCUGGACCCCACCACGUGUACCUGCACCUGCCCCGCCCCCUGGUCCGGAUCAACAUGUCAAACAUGUGGCGUGUCUUGCUCUAACGGUGGUCAGUUGAACCCCACAAGCUGCCAGUGUUCCUGUGUCGCCCCCUGGACUGGAACUACAUGCCAGAGCUGCAGUCGCACUUGUUCUAACAACGGUGUGUUGAAUCCCACUGCCUGCAGCUGUUCCUGCCCCGCCCCGUGGACAGGGGACACCUGCCAGACCUGCAGUCGUGUGUGCAGCAACGGUGGCGUCAUCGACCCCACUACCUGUACGUGCACCUGUCCAUCCUUCUAUACCGGAGCUACCUGUGACACGUGCAACAUCCAGUGUGAGAACAACGGCGUGCAGACGACCACGGGGUGUGGCUGUUCCUGCCCCACCGGCUUCACGGGGCAAACAUGUCAACUACAAACGUGCACCCUUCAGUGUGCAAACGGCGGUGUCCUGAACGCCGCCCUGUGCAGCUGUACCUGCCCCUCCCCCUGGACUGGGACCACGUGCCAAACAUGCCUGCGAUCCUGCGCCAAUGGGGGAGUGGUCAUCCCUACAACGUGCACCUGUUCAUGCCAGUUCCCCUGGACUGGAAGCACCUGCAGUGUCUGCUCCCGUUCAUGUUCCAACGGUGGCGUCCUUGACCAAUCCACGUGUUCCUGUUCGUGUCCUUCACCUUGGACUGGCGAUACCUGCGAGACAUGCAGUCGUUCAUGUUCGAACGGUGGAGUGCUCAACCCGUUCUCAUGUACAUGCACGUGCCCUUUUCCAUGGACAGGCACCACGUGCGAAACGUGCAGUCGUUCCUGUGCUAACGGCGGUGUGCUGAACGGCAACACAUGUUCCUGUACGUGUCCCGCACUGUGGACCGGACCGACCUGCAGUACGUGCUCAACCCAGUGUCUGAAUGGCGGGACACUCACCUCGGCCUGUACCUGUCAGUGUCCAUCCACCCACACCGGAAGUGUCUGUGAAACACCUUCCUGCUCCCGGCAGUGCCUUAACAACGGCAUCCUCAUCCAGUCCGCGUGUGCAUGUGCGUGUCCGGUUGGGUUCGCCGGGGACUCCUGUGAACGCUGUGACCUAAACUGUCAAAAUGGCGGUGUCGCAAAUUACCCAACAUGCACCUCCUGCACCUGUCCGCUCGGAUUCAGUGGCGACCUCUGCCAGACAGCUGGCUGCACCACACAGUGUCAGAACGGUGGCCAGCUGACGUCAGCCUGCGCCUGCACAUGUCCAGCUGGAUUCUCGGGAGACCUGUGUCAGUUCUCGGGGUGUACACGGGUGUGUCCCAGCGGCCAGGUACUUAACCCCACGGCAUGUGUGUGUAUCCCAGACUACGUUUCAUGCACUGGGACCGAGGCUGCAUUUUGUCCAUUUUACGCCAACGCGUGCGCAUAUAUCAAAGUACUUAUGUCAGUCUGCACCGUCACGUGCAGGACAUGCGAGAUCAAUGCGCCAAAUCCGCUGCCUCAGUUCGCAGGCUGGUCCUAAACAGAAGGACCCCCGGGCUUUACUCUAGUGUAUACUGAAUUAUAAUGAAUAAAACUUUACUAUUUUUACCAAA